UAAACCGUUCACAUUUGUAGGCAUAGACUACUUCGGGCCCUAUACAGUAAAGAUCGGCCGUAGCGUGGUAAAACGUUGGGUAGCGAUAUUUACGUGCCUAACCGUACGGGCUAUACACAUGGAGCUAGUGCAUUCUCUUUCGACCGACUCGUGUAAGAAAGCAGUUCGACGUUUUAUCGCUCGCAGAGGAGCGCCGCAAGAAAUCUACACGGAUAAUGGAACAAAUUUCAUUGGCGCGAGUAGAGAGCUGAACAACGAAUUGCAAGAGAUUAACGUUAGCCUGGGCAGCACCUUUACGGAUACCUACACUCAAUGGCGAUUCAACCCGCCGUUGGCCCCACACAUGGGAGGAUGUUGGGAGCGCAUGGUUCGAUCCGUGAAGACCGCUCUCGGAACAUUGCCGGAAACAAGGAAGUUGGACGACGAAUCGUUUAUGACAUUGUUGGCUGAAGCGGAGCAUAUGGUCAAUUCGCGGCCGUUAACGUUUCUGCCUAUUGACAGCGAAGAGCAGGAGUCGUUGACUCCCAACCAUUUUUUGAUGCUCAGCUCUAGUGGAGUUCGACAACCGCUCAAGGCGCCGGUGGAUGAGAGAAAGGCGUUGAAGAACAGUUGGGAGCUGAUCCAACAUAAGUUGGAUAGAUUUUGGAGUCGUUGGAUAACCGAGUACCUACCAAUAAUAUCCCGACGGUCAAAGUGGUUCAGCGACAUCGAGCCUAUCAAAGAAGGAGCGUUAGUAGUGAUCGUCGACGGAAAAAUACGGAACCAAUGGGUGCGCGGCCGUGUGUGCCGAACAUAUCCCGGGAAGGACGGAGCUGUGCGUCUAGCGGAUGUCGAGACAUCUGCCGGAAUCUUAAGGAGAAGAGCAGCAUGCAACCUCGCAGUUUUGGACGUUACUGGACAUGAUGAAGAGCAUUCGGGUGAUCAAAGUGAUACGGAUAUCGGCGGACGCUGUGCAGCUGCGAGUCGCGGGUGUGGUGCCGUAGAACCAGUAGUCGUACGACACGAGGGGGAGGAUGUUGCGACGACGGCUACCAUCGAAGCGCCCCCCGAAAGCUUAGACGUUUCUCAUGCGAGUGUGUGAGACGAAUACCUAUACUAUGGGAAGCUGUCAGAUAGGUUAUCAGAAAAUAGCAAAUCAUCGUUGUGGAUGCAGAAUUGUGAACUAUAAAAUCACAACCUAAACUAUUACUAAACUACCCUAGCUAUAUUGCAAACCGUGAAAUUUAUUUGCCUAGUACGGGACCAAUUGUAAGUAGAAUUAGUUCUUUUUUAAUGCAAUUCAAUCACGAAUAAAUUUACAGCUUUGAGCUGAUUUCACCGGGAACAUUGGCGAAUUUUGCUCCAAAG